GCAGGGUCAUUUUCGUCACAAAGCAUUUUCCAUUUUGACAGUUGGUCACACUGAUUUUUUUCAGACGUUUUCCAAAAUAUUUAAUCGCCAAUGGGUGGCCACGGGCACGGACAUGAGUCCUACACAAUCCCCGAUUACAAAAUAUACAAAGUAGAUGAUAUUCCCGAACUCUGCGCCACCAGAAAAGCGUUAGCUUCACAUGGUUUGAAAGACCCUUGGCUCCGCAAUGAAGUUUGGCGCUACAAUCCAAAGGAAUUUGGUACAGAAAAAGCCCGAUUGAGAACUUUUCUUUUCAGGGGAUUUAGAACUGGCUUUAUAGCUUUUGCAAUCACCAUUGCUGGAACUGCAAUUUACGAUAAAAUGUAUCCUCCAAAACACCAUGGUGAACAUAGUGACCAUUAACUGUUUACUUUAUGUAGUUUAUUAGUAUUUAAAUAAAUUGUCGAUACAUUUAAA